AUGGUGUCUAAUGUGGAUACGUGGAUAAAACUUAUUAAUAAAAACCCUUGGCUUCUUUUGCAAGAUGCCAUAGGUGACUGUAAAACGUGGCCGGCCUUUAUACGGGCAGCAUUCUGGGACAAUCGAAUGAUUAUUGUCAAUUUCGCCAUUGUUAAUGGAUUGAGGGAAGAAUUUUUGCACGAAGUGCUUACGUUUACGUUGCGGCACCAUUACACUAACGAUCGCCGUCAAAGGGUUGCUGGGCGUUUUAAGUACUACAACGAUCUGCAAACGGGUGAAGAACGCAAAAGUCGAGCGUACUCUUUCGAUUUGUAUCACCGAAGGCUUCUAACACUGCACAAGCAACAUGUAGCGGAACAUGUUCCUCAACAACUACGUGGAAUGUGCCGAGAUACAUGUCGCGGAAUAUUUUGUCGACCACACUUCUCAGUGUUUAUAGAAAUGUCGCCCGAGGAGGUUGUGGCUAUUAGUGCUGCGUACAUAGUAAUUAUAUCGAGUGUGUUGAAACGUAAGAGAAAGAGAAGGUGGUGGAUGCGGAAUUUCUUAUUACAACUAGAAAGAAGAGUUAAUAUUCUAAGUGAUCUCCGAAUGUCUGACGGAUCGUUUGUGAAUUUUACUUGCAUGUCAUCAUCUGAUUUUGAAACUUUUUUGCAAAUGAUCGCACCUUCCAUAGCCAAACAGGAUACAAUAUUACGGAGCGCUAUUAGUCCUCAUAUCAGCUUGCCAUUACAUUGA